CGGUUUAGAUUGUAGCUACGUUGUCCACUUGAUCUUAGAUCCUCGUUUGAUUCAUCCAGAUUCCUAGGACCCUUCGCUCCCCAUUCCCCAAUUAUUACUACUUUAUUAUUCACCGCAAAUCUUCAGUGUGUAAAACGUGCUCUCAUUUACUUGUUUUUCACUUUUUGUAUUCAUUUCACCUUUUGUAUUCUUUUCUCCCUUUGACUUCAAGAAUGUUGCAGGCCCUUUAAGCCCAAAAAACAUUUUCUUGAAAAAGGAGCAGGCAGAUAUGAAAAAUAAAAAGGUUACAGGAACUAUAAUAAGAAGAGCUACUGCUGUUGCUUACACUAACACUCGGCUAAAAGCAACAGUGCUGCAGUUGGCUUAAGAGUACUAGUGGCUUUGUUCAAUGCUGAAAUCUUUGUUUCUGAGAUUUGUUACUAACUCACAGAACGUGAAAGCAAAUGGCAGAAGAAAAUGGUCAAUUUGUUUUUACAGAUUUUCAAGAAUCUACGUCUGCUAGAUUUAAUACAGAUGUACAGGCAAAUAACAACUUUCACGGGCCAGGUCUUCCUGGUCUUAAGAGGAGAGGCCAAGGUCAUGGGAGUCGCUCUUGGAUAAAGAUUGAUGAGCAUGGGAAUUCAAAGAUUUUGGAAUUGGAUAAGGCUACUGUUAUGAGACAUUGUGCUUUACCAGCCCGGGAUCUCCGUCUUUUGGACCCUAAGUUUAUCUAUCCUUCCACGAUAUUAGGGCGAGAGCAAGCUAUUGUGGUAAACCUUGAACAGAUCAGAUGCGUCAUCACAGCUGAUGAGGUUAUACUGAUGAAUUCUUUGGAUGGUUGUGUACUGCAAUACGAGUCUGAAUUGUGUAAACGCCUUCAGACAAAUAAAGAUCAGCCGGAUGGUCUUCCUUUCGAAUUCAGAGCCCUUGAGCUUGCUUUGGAGCUAACUUGCUUGUCUCUUGAUGCUCAGGUGAAAGAAUUAGAACUGGAAAUAUACCCAGUUCUUGAUGAACUGGCAUCAUCUAUUAACACUCUAAAUCUGGAACGAGUCCGUAGAUUGAAAGGUCAGCUGCUUGCCUUGACUCAGCGAGUCCAAAAGGUCUGUGAUGAAAUAGAACAUCUAAUGGAUGAUGACGGUGACAUGGCUGAGAUGUACUUAACAGAGAAGAAACAAAGGAAGGAGGAUUUUCUUAAUAAUGAUUUAUAUGAUCAACCAGAUAUAUUUGGCAAAAAUAGAGGAGCAGCAAGAUCUGCUCCGAUCUCACCUGUAUCAUCAACUUCGGGGGUGCAGAAGUUGCAACGAGCAUUCAGUAAUGUGAGCUCAAGCAAAUACGGAAGCUUUUCAGCUUCAUCUAAUGGUCAAGAAAAUAUCGAUCAACUUGAAAUGUUGCUUGAAGCAUACUUUGUUGUCAUUGACAGCACUCUCAACAAGUUGUUAUCACUUAAAGAAUAUAUCGACGAUACAGAGGAUCUGAUCAAUAUAAAACUGGUAAGACUAACAAGCAGAUA